AUGUCAAGCCAAGGGGUUACGGGCAAAAUUUGUCUCGUCACAGGAGGGGGUGGAGGUUUAGGGAAGGAAAUAUCUAAGCAGUUGCUCGCAAACGGCGCCAAAGUCGUGAUUUGUGACAUCAAUCAAGACCUCUUGGAUGCCACUUCAAAAGAAUUCUCGGACAAAGGGACGCUUCUGACCAUUCAAUGUGACAUUACAAACACAGAGUCUGUUGAAGCAAUGUUUGAAAAGAUCGUUCAGACAUAUGGACAGCUUGACGUUCUCAUCAACAAUGCGGGCCUCAUGGAUCGUUUCGACCCCGUCGGUGACUUGGAGCAGGAUCUAUGGGCCAAGGUCAUUGCGGUAAACUUGACGGCCCCAUACUUGUUGUCCAAACUCGCCGUGCGGCAUUUCCUAGCACGGGCGGCAACAAAUGCUGCCAUUGUGAAUAUUGGUUCUCUCAGUUCGCAGACCGGUUUCUCUGCAGGCGCAGCAUACACAGCAAGUAAGCACGGACUUCUUGGACUGAGCAAGAAUACGGCCGCAUUUUAUCGCGACAAAGGCAUCAGAUGUAACUUGAUCAUGCCAGGUGGAAUGCAAACCAACAUUACCACCGCUUUUGCUCAAGGCAUCAAUCAGGCAGGCCAAGAGGCAGCCAUGGCAUGCUUCGUUGCCGCCAAAGCUUCGAUCGUGCCUCUCGAAGAAGCUGCAAGAUUGGUUGUCUUCCUUGCCUCAGACGAUUCCAUGGCUCUAAGUGGGACCUGUGUCACCGCCGACAAAGGCUUCACCAGUCUUUUCUAG